AUGCAGCGCCUCCUGUGGCUGUUCUUCUUCAUCUCCUGCCACAUCGUGGUCAGCCAGGGCGGCCAGGCCGGGAAUACGCCCUCAAACGAGCCCGUCGCGAAGACGAACACUUCGUCGGCUCCACGCCUCAACAAAUCGGUGCACGCCUCCGCCGUCUUGGAGGAGCUCAAGCAGGAUACGUUGUUCUUGAUCGGCUCCAUCGGCGUGUUCGGCGCGGCCAUCUUAUGCCUGUGCUUGUCGACUUGUGUGCUUGGCUGUCAGCAAACUGCAAAAGCGGUCAAGCCGACGGUGGCGAAAGAGCCGAGCGUGAGCCCAAGCCCGAAAGUGCCGCCGGUGGUGAAUGAUGUGGAGAGCGUCGCUUCGAAGCGCGAUUCCACGACGAGCACCGCCGAUGGGCACAGACUUUCGAAGCAGGAGACCCUCGAGAAAGAGGGCAACGACGGCCACUACGAGGAUUGCUCCUUCAGCAAGCCGGUCACGCCAAAGCACACCGAAGCC